UCGAGCCGGGGAGAGCAUGCCCGUGCACGCGCCUGUGUGUGUGCAUGUGAGUGUGUUGUGUGUGUGUAUGUGUGUGAGUGAGUGCGCGUGCACGAGCCGCAGCGGGAGCCGCCGGCGUCGGCGGUGAAUAAUGAUAAUGCAGACGGGGGAGCGGAGUUUGGAGAGGAUGCAGCGAGCCGGAUUAAUAAUGCAUCAGGCCGGUUACGAGCUCUGCAUCUGUUAGUUUCUCUGGAACCUGUAGCUGCCUGCAACCUGCAACCUGCAACCUGCAACCUGCCUAAAACCCGCCUGCAACCCGCCUGCAGGACUGCCUGCAGGACUGCCUUGCUCACCGGCUUCCCGCCCACCUUUCUGCUGCUGUCGGACCAUUGACUUGUUCAGAAAAUGUCUCACUACCAUUUUAUCAAGUGCUGUUGUUUCCAGCUAUGUAACGUCUUUCGACAUAACAUGGAGAUAGACCAGUGUCUCCUGGAGUCUCUCCCCGUUGGCCAGCGCCAGCGCCUGGUCAGGAAGAUGCGCUGUGACCAAAUAAGGGCGUACUACGAGAGGGAGAGGAACCUCCAGCGUCAGCAGGGUGGCAUCAAGGCCCGAGCCCCGUCCAUCCACCGCAAGAAGCACCGCGUCCGCUUCGGCCUCGCCGACGUUUUACGAGAUGCGGUCGUUAACCAUGACGACAAAGAAGUGUUCCGUCUCCUGAAGGACGGAGCAGACGCCAACUCACCCAUCUCCUCCGGAGGAUCCUUGCUGCACCUGUGCGCUCGCCAUGACAACGUGUUCGCAGCAGAGCUGCUGAUGGAGCGAGGCCUGGACGUCGACCUGCAGGACGAGGACCUGUGGACGGCCCUGCACGUGGCGUGUUCGUGCGACCACGCAGACGUGGUGCUGCUGCUGCUGCAGGCCGGCGUGAACCUCCUGCUGCAGGACAUCGAUGGAAACGUCCCGCUGGACUACGCCGCGGAGGGAACGGAGACCCGUUACAUCCUCCGGAAACACCUGGAGGAAACCGGUGUCGACGUGUCGUCUCUGAACGCCAUGAGGAUGCAGAGACCCGGCACCAUGCUGUCGGAGGUUCGGCGGCUGGUGUCGGCGGGGGCGAGCCUGGACCAGGCCAACGAGGACGGCGUUACUCUGCUCCACAUGGCAUCCGCCGGCGGUUACCGAGAGGUGGUGUCCCUGCUGCUGGAGGCCGGCGCCGACCCCCACCCACCCGACAACACCUUCUGGACCCCCCUUCACCUGGCCGCUAGAUACGGACAGACCAGCGUUGUCGGCCAGCUCACGAGGCACGGAGCCAACCCCACUUUGCUGAACUGCAACCAGGACAAACCAUCUGACGUGGCCGUGUCAGAACUCAUAGCAGAAAUGCUGCUCAGUGCCGAGGAGAGUUGGCUCCAGAGGGUGAAGGAUCCCUCCGCUCCGCCGCCUUCCACCGACCGGCGCUACGACGGCGGCUCUCACGACCUCAGCGUCCCCCUCAAGAACUGGGACCCCCGGGGACUCUCCAUCUCCAGGCGGGACUGUCUGCUGGAGAGGUGCGUCAUGUUCAGGGAAGCCGGCGGCGCCAUGAGCCGACAGCCGUCGCAGGACAACGGCCUGGACGCCCCCUUCAGCUCCGGACCCAGCAAGCUGGAGCAGGUCAAGCUGAUGCCUCCGGCGCCCAACGACGACCUGGCGUCCCUCAGCGAGCUGACCGACAGCAGCCUGCUCUACGAGAUGCAGAAACGCUUCGGCAACGACCAAAUCUACACGUACAUCGGACACAUCCUGCUGCUGGUGAACCCCAACAAAGAGCUGCCCGUUUACUCCCCCCUGGUGAGUCAGCUGUACCUGAGCUCCACCGGCCGUCUCUGCUCCUCCCUGCCGCCUCACAUCUUCUCUUCGGCCGAGAGAGCUUACCACAUGAUGCAGCAGGAGCGGCGCCCGCAGUGCUUCAUCCUGAGCGGGGAGAGCGGUUCUGGGAAGACGGAGGCGUGUAAGCACAUUGUGCGGCACCUAACGGCCCGGUCCGACCCGAAAGGCUUCGUGUUGGAGGCCAGGAUGAAGCACGUGAACUGCGUCCUGGAAGCCUUCGGUCACGCAAGAACUCCAAGGAACAGCAACUCCAGCCGCUUCAUCAAGCUGCUGAGCAUCCAGUACUGCGAGAGGAAGAAGACGAUGCUCAGAGCGCGGCUGAGCGCCUUCAUGCUGGAGAAGUCCCGGCUGGUCCAGCUGCCUCCGCGCCAGCACAGCUUCACCAUCCUCCACCUGCUGGCCGAGGGCCUGUCGGCGGAGGAGCGGAGCGGGCUUCACCUGAGCACCGGCCGGGGUCACAGGUAUCUGAGGGGAGGAGCCUCCGACGACACGCCUCCCGCCGCCGCCGCCUCCGGCCAGAGCCGGGAACAUCUGGCGGCGGUGCGACAGUCGCUGCGAGCUCUGGGCUUUAACAAGCAGGAGGUGGACUCGGUGUUCGAGCUGCUGGCGGCCGUUCUCCACAUCGGGGACCUGCGCUUCACCGUGGUGACGGAGGCCAACGCCGCGCUGCCGUCGGACCUGCAGCUGCUGGACAGAGUUGCUGGACUGCUGCAGGUGACCUCCGGUGACCUCAGCGCGGCUCUCACCUCCGAAGUUCAGCACAUUAAAGGUAAUCUGAUUACCCGGCGUCUCCCGGCGGAGGCGUCGGAGCAGCACCGGGACCAGCUCGCCAAGGCCGUGUACGGACGCCUGUUCAGCCACCUGGUCAACGCCGUCAACCACUUCCUGCAGGGACAAGAUGACAGCGUUGGUGAUCCCGCCAUGGAAAUCGGGAUCUUGGACGUCUUCGGCUUUGAAGCGUUUCAGAGGAACGGAUUUGAGCAGCUGUGCGUGAACAUGACCAAUGAGCGGCUGCGGCAGUACGUCUCCGAGGUGCUGUUCCAGCAGGAGCAGCAGGAGUGUCUACACGAGGGCAUUUCCAUGGAGAUCCCCCGUUCCCACGGCAACCACCCUGCCGUCCUGGACUUCUUUCUGCAGAAGCCUCAGGGACUGCUGUGCGUGUUGGACGAGGAGAGCCAGAGCUCGCGGCCUGCAGAGCAGAUGCUGUUCAAGAGGCUGUCCACCCAGCUGGACGCCAGCCCCGUGCGGGGGCUCGCUCUCACCACCAAGGACGGCAACGGCAACCCCCCCCCCAAAGACCAGGGCCCGGCCUUCACCGUCAGCCACUACGCAGGACAGAUUUCGUAUGACCUCAUCGGCUCUGUGACUAAAAACAAGGACUCCCUUCCUCAGAAUCUCCUGCUAACAAUGAAGUCCAGCGAAAGCGUGUUGCUGCGGCAGCUCUUCCAGUCCAAGCUGACUCAGACCGGUUCCCUGGUGCCGGCGGUGCCGGGCCGCACGGGUCCGAGGGGGCCCAAGGCCGCUGUGUCCCUCCGCAGGGCGCCGCCGGCCUCGCCCGUCUCCCAGCAGCCCUGGCGGUACCACGACCUGUCCAAGAUCCUGAAGAAAAAGGGCUCGGGCUCCUUCCUGCAGCAGCUGGAGCGCUGCGGACCCGUCACGGUGGCCGUCCAGCUGCGGAACUCCACAGCAGAGAUGCUGAGUAAGCUGCAGGCCUGCACCCCCCACUUUGUGGAGUGCGUGCGGCCCAACGCCGGCGGUCAGCCCGACAGCUUCGACAGCCUCCACGUCUCCACGCAGCUGCAGUACAUCGGGGUGCUGGAGAUGGUGCGGGUGAUCCGCUACGGAUUCCCCGUCCGCCUGACGUUCCAGGACUUCCUCAGCAGAUUUAAGGAUCUGGUGGUCCCGGCGCUGGGAGACAGGAAGCAGUCCUCGGCGGAGGAGGGAUGCCGCUCGGUCCUGCUGCGCUCCAAGCUCCAGGGAUGGCAGAUGGGCAGCAGCAAAGUGUUCCUUACGUACUGGCAGGCCGACCAGCUCAACGACCGCUGCUACCAGCUCCGUAAGAAGAUCAUCACCUGUCAGAAAGUGGUCCGAGGCUGGCUGGCCAGGCGGCGGGUCCAUCGCCGGCUCUCGCUGCACCACCGGGAGGAGCGCGGCGUGCAGCGCUUCCUGCAGGGCGCCGAGGACCUGGGGCUGCGCACCUACGACCAGCUCGUCAUCCAGAACGCCUCCGACAUUGCGAGAGAGAGCGACCGCCUGCGCUGCGGCGGCAAGGCCCUGCUCAACGCGCGCGGCAGCAGCAGCAGCCCGCCCCUCGGCGAGAGGCCCGAGCCGGUCGGUAUGGAGGAGGACCAGCCGGCCAGGAGGACGGUGGAGAAGAACGGAAAAGGCCACGACGGCCCCGGAGGGAGCCGGGUCAUCCGCCACCUCCGGUCCAGCUCGGUGCCCAUCCCUCUGGCCGUGGAGAACGCUGCCGUCCCGUUCUCCGCCAGCCCCCCCCUCAAACCGGCCUUCCAGCAGGUGGCGCACGCCCACGAGGACGGAGCCGGGAACGGGAACCUGUCGUCGCCGCGGAAGCAGCCGCCGCCCAAACCAAAGAGGGACCCCAACACCCGCCUGAGCGCGUCCUACGAGGCCGUCAGCGCCGGCCUGACCAUGUCCACCAAAGAGAGCUGCACCCCGGAGGGGUACGGGUCGCCCGCCGGGAGCCCCCCCAAGUCCUACCUGUCCCCCACCGACCCGGCAGCCAAGCCCCGGCCCCACAGUGACGACUACACGACCAUGAGAAAGGUGCCCCCCCCCAAGCCGAAGCGCAGCCCCAACACCAAGCUGACGGGCUCGUACGAGGAGAUCAACGCCGUGGCCGCACACCUGCACCAGUUCCGCCCCGCCGAGGUGAAGCUGGCGCUGCUCUCCCGCGGCGGCGUGUUCGGGGGAUUCGGGGGGGGCGUGAUGCAGCGAGCCGCCUCCGUAGACGUGUCCCAGGCUGUGGCGCUCAGCCUCUACAAGGCCCAGGACGAGGAGGACGUGUACAUCGAGAUGCUGGGGGCCCGGAGCCUCCAGGACCCCCCCGACAGCCCGGAGCAGCCCGACUCGGAGGCGGUUUACGAGGAGAUGAAGUACCUCCCUGCCGACGGCGAUGGUGGGAACCCUGUUGCCACGGUGACCAAGGCAGCCAAGCUGGAGUCGUUAACGCUGGGCCUGGUGGGGUUGGGGGGGUUGGGGGCCCCCCCCUCGCUGGGCGGGGAGGCCAAGCGGGCGGCGGUGGACGGUGCUCAGACGCAGGGCGCGUCCGCCGGCGGCGCCCAGAGGACUCAGCUCGGGAAAGACGGCGGCUGCGACAUCCCGCCUCCCUUCCCCAACCUGCUGCCCCACCGCCCCCCCCUCCUGGUGUUCCCCCCGUCCCCCGUCACCUGCUCCCCCGCCUCCGACGAGUCGCCCCUGACCCCCCUGGAGGUGAAGAAGCUGCCGGUGUUCGAGACCAACCUGAACUACGCCGCCGGCCCGGACAGCCCGCUGUCGCCGCAGUUCGUCCGCCAGCGGGCCGACUCCUCGCCGAGCCUCACCGUGCUGAUGUCGGAGAAGAGGUCCACCCCGCCGCUCACCCCGCCGCCGCAGCCCCCCCCGCCUCCCAGCGCGCCGCCGCCGCCUCCCUACCGGCCGCCCUCGCACUUCCCCUUCCCGCCGGAGGCCGGCUUCCUGGCCCUGACCCGCGCCGCGUCCGUCACCGGCGGCCCCGACUCGGGCAAGGCGUCGGCGGCGCAGAGGCCGGGCGGGGAGCCGCUGGGGAAGCCGCCGCCCUACUCGCCCGUGAAGAUGUCCCGGCCCGAGCCCCGCAGGGCCCACUCGUGCUCGUCGUCCCCGCUGCUGUUCAACCCGGCCAACGGCAGACCCCUGACCAGCCCGCUGGACGAACUCAACACCCUCUUCAGCUCCGGACGCAGCCUCCUCAGGAAGUCCACAUCUGGCCGCAAGAUGCGCGACGGAGGAUUCAAUUCGAAUAUCAAUCUGCCGGGGCGAGAGGAAUGUGGCUCAGCGCCAACCUCGCCAUCGCUGCAGCUGCAGGACAAGAACGCCAACAACCACUCUCUUCACUCGCCAAGCCCCGUCCCUGUCGAGAAUGGCAACCAGAUCUCCAACGGUUCGCUGGAUGACGAGGGUCACGGCAAGUCGCACUCGAGCGCCGCGUCUCUACACCGGCACAUGGACAGCCAUCACACUCAGGUGUUCCAGCGGCUCCGCCUCUGCGGCGGCGACGACAGCGACGACGGCGCCGCCCUCGGGGAGCUCCUGCGCUGGCGGCGACUGCAGUGCGAGGGGCGGAGCGACUGGAAGCAGCAGCGGGCGCCCCGGUCCCCCCCCCUGCCCCCCACACUGCUCUGGACCAGCAGGAAGGCCUCUCCGUGACCGGGCCGCGGACCCCCCCCCCCCAUUCCCCUCCCCCCUUCACUCACACUAGCACUUGCGAAGUGAACUGACGUCACGUGAACAUUUAUUUCUGGCGCUUUGGUCCUAAAAUCUGUGACGUCCAUCGACGGGGGGCUGAAGUUAAAGAUCAGAGCAGCAGGUUCUCGUGCUGGUGAGAUGCUGAAUGGACCUCGCGUGUCUUUAUCCGAGCCAAACACUGCUGAACACGGAGGAGGUCUAAACAUGGUGCUGAUGAGACUCGACGUCCUGCGGCUUCUGCACCACAGAGUCUCAGACUCCUGAAGUUUACAAGCAAACCGACGCCUCUGCAAGCUUUCACCGGCACCUUCGGGCUCCGGGUGCUGCUGUCGCCCCGGCAACGACCCGCCAGGCGUCAGGGUCAUAGACAUAUAUACGUAGACGCCGCAUCGAGUGGUUUUGCCCGCUGCUGCGA